GUGGAGAUAAGUGCAGCCUGCUGUCUAAUACCGAAGGACGGCACUAUAAAAACUCUGCUGCACACAAUUACUCAGUCGCUUCCCCGUUGUCAGAAAAACAAGUUGUGAUUUUUGGAUUUUGAAUGUUCCAUCAUGUGUAAAGGACUUGCAACACUCCCUGCAACCUGCUUGAAAAGUGCUAAAGACAUCAAGCACAAAAUAAGCUUCUUACUGCAGAAGCCUGAACCCAAUGCCGCAGAUCAAAAGGAGAUAAAGGAGAAAACUACAGCGGCUCCUGCAAAGAGGGUUCCUGAUGCUGCCGAAGUGGAGAAAUGGAAGGAAUCUUUCAGCCACGUGAUGAGCAGUGAAAUGGGUCGUAUGGUCUUCACCACCUUCUUGAAAUCAGAGUUCAGCCAGGAAAAUGUUGACUUCUGGAUCGCUUGUGAGGACUAUAAGAAGAGUCCGCCUUCCAAGCUGUCAACCAAAGCCAAGCAAAUCUACCAGCAAUAUGUUGAGGCAGACGCUCCUAAUGAGGUGAACUUGGACGCAGCAACCAGAGAAAAAACGAGGCAGGAAGUUGAGAGUGGCAGCCCAUCUUGUUUUGACGAGGCUCAGAAGAUGAUCUACACUUUGAUGGCAAAAGACUCUUAUAGAAGGUUCCUGAAAUCCAAACUGAUUCAGGAUCUGUGUCAGAAAGAGAGCGGUACUGCUCAUGAGAAAAAAGGAUGUGACUGGACUGACAGCAGGCAGGUGUUAGCUGGUGGGGCCUAAAGAUAGGGAUGGUAAGAAAAUUCAAAGCAGGUGCCAAAGAUGGAAAGUGCAACAGAAAACUAGAUUGAGAGGGACAGAGAGUUUGUCCUCAAAGGUGACUCAUAGAUUUAUCUGGGAUGAUUUUUUUUUUCUUUAACUAUUUCAACUUGAUCUUAUUUACUUGGGGAGUUUAGCAGUCAUAUGUUUAAUAGCAUGUACUGUUUUCUAUCUUUGAAUUCACAAUCUACAGUUUUGUGUUUUUUUUUAUUUCUUUGUCAGGUUGAUAUGGACAUACCUUGUAUUGUACAUUCAUGAAUGAGACAGGGACAGUUUUUGCAAAUAUGUGCAACAAUGGUGGGUAAAAAACAUAUCUUUUCCCUCAAAAUCACAACCAAUGAUGUAGCUGAAGGACAAAUACAAAAAGUGGAGAACAAUUGACCUCGCUUCAGCCAACAGACUGACGUUUAAGAACCCUUUUUCUUUGAAAGAGUUUAGAAACUUGUACAAAGAUCAAAGAAAAGAGGAGAUUACAUGGGCUGUUUAAAAUGUCCAUUCAAUGUUCAUAUGUGGUCUAAAAUUUAGUGCAACUGUGUGUGCAAAAAUAAAAUAAAAUUUGAUUCAGUUUUUAAACUUGCCAAAUCUUGGCUUUUCCCUUUGUCAGUUUUAAAGCUAAAAGCUAUGAUAAACCUUGAAUUCGUAGCCACAAUAAAAACAAACAAACAAAAAAAGAAACUUUUAUCUGAACAUAUCACAAUAAUAUAACAGGUAUGAACAACAGUAGAUUGUUAUGUAAGACUCACUUCUAAUUCUCCUCCAAAUGACCGUGACAGCAACUGAACACUAACAAACUUAACUCCAUUUCAAACAUAAAAACCUUACACAACUUUAACUUUUUAAAAUAACCUUUUAUUUAUUAAAAUGGAAAUGUUUAAGUCCCAUUAAGAUCCAUCAAUUCAGAUACAGCUAAAAAGUGUUCAAAGUAAGG